GUGAAGGUAGAAAGUGUGUGUGAGCUGCUGUGAGUUGAGCAUCAUGGAUGAGUGUGAGGACAGAGAGGAGGGAGUCCCUCCCUCUAAAAGCUCUCUGUGUGGGGAACAGGAGAACCAGAGCAAAGCUCAGAGGAAUCCACCUGGACCUGGACCUGGACCUGGACCUGGACCUGGAUCUGGACCUGCAUCCAGCUGUGUGUCCUUAAAGAGCGACCGGUCUAAGGGUCGCUUAAUUGACUUUAAAGAUGAUCAGCCUCCUGCUGCAGAGAAAAUCCAUCAGAGACCAGAGUCCUCUGGACCUGGACCUGCAUCCAGCUGUGUGUCCUUCAGGAGUGACCGGUCUAAAGAUUAUCCUCUUUAUUUUAAAGGAGAACCAGGUCCUGCUGCAGAGGGAGUGGAGCAGCAGAACUCAGAGGUUCCCAGAGCUCAGUCUGUCCAGCAGCAUCACCUGGACUCCAUAUUCAUGCUGCUGGAGGACAACAUGGUGACUUUUGUGAAGAAGGAGCUGAAGAAGAUGCAGAAGGUUGUGAGUCCAGAUUACCCAGAAUGCUCAGAGAGUCAGAGGGAGGAUGAGGAGGAGUUGGAGGGUGAUGAUGAAGAUGAGAGGAGCAGCAGAGAGAUGUUUGAGCAGAUCACAGUGUUGUUCCUGAGGAGGAUGAAGCAGGAGAAGCUGGCUGACUGUCUGCAGAGCAAACUUGCUGCUGCAGUUUGUGGACGUAAACUUAAAUGUUCUCUGAAGAAGAAGUUCCAGAGAGUGUUUGAGGGCAUCGCUAAAGCAGGACAGAAGACCCUCCUGAAUGAGAUCUACACAGAGCUGUACAUCACAGAGGGAGGGACUGCAGAGGUCAAUGAUGAACAUGAGGUCAGACAGAUUGAAGCAGCAUCCAGGAAAGCAGACAGAGCAGAAAGAAGCAUCAGACCAGAAGACAUCUUUAGAGGCUCACCUGGAAGAGAUGGACCAAUCAGAACAGUGAUGACACAGGGAGUGGCUGGCAUCGGGAAAACAGUGUUAACACAGAAGUUGACUCUGGACUGGGCUGAAGACAAAAGCAACCAGGACAUCCACUUCAUGUUUCCAUUGACUUUCAGAGAGCUGAAUGUGCUGAAAGAGAGAAAGUUCAGUUUGGUGGAACUUGUUCAUCACUUCUUCAGUGAAACCAAAGCAGCAGGAAUGUGCAGCUUUGAAGACUUCCAGGUUGUGUUGAUCUUUGACGGUCUGGAUGAGUGUCGCCUUCCUCUGGACUUCCACAACAAUGAGGUCCUGACUGAUGUUACAGAGUCCACCUCAGUGGAUGUGCUGCUGACAAACCUGAUCAGGGGGAAUCUGCUUCCCUCUGCUCGCCUCUGGAUAACCACACGACCUGCAGCAGCCAAUCAGAUCCCUCCUGACUGUGUGGACAUGGUGACGGAGGUCAGAGGGUUCACCGACCCACAGAAGGAGGAGUACUUCAGGAAGAGAUCCAGAGAUGAGGAGCAGGCCAGCAGCAUCAUCUCCCACAUGAAGACAUCACGAAGCCUCCACAUCAUGUGCCACAUCCCAGUGUUCUGCUGGAUCACUGCUACAGUUCUGGAGGAGCUGCUGAGAAGCAGAGAGGGAGGAGAUCUGCCCAGAACCCUGACUGAGAUGUUCAUCCACCACCUGGUGGUUCAGACCAAAGUCAUGAAGGUCAAGUAUGAUGGAGGAGCUGAGACAGAUCCACACUGGAGUCCAGACAGCAGGAGGAUGAUUGAGUCUCUGGGAAAACUGGCUUUUGAGCAGCUGCAGAAAGGAAACCUGAUCUUCUAUGAGUCCGACCUGACAGAGUGUGGCAUCGAUAUGAGAGCAGCCUCAAAGUACUCAGGAGUGUUCACACAGAUCUUUAAAGAGGAGAGAGGGCUGUACCAGGACAAGGUGUUCUGCUUCGUCCAUCUGAGUGUUCAGGAGUUUCUGGCUGCAGUCUACAUGUUCCACUGUUACACCAACAGGAAGGAGGAGGUUCUGGAGGACUUCCUGGGAAAAGACUGGAAAGACUGGAACAGAGACACUCUGGAUGUGUUCCUGAAGAGAGUGAUGGAGAAAUCCCUGAGAAUUAAAAAUGGUCACCUGGACCUGUUUGUUCGCUUCCUUCAUGGCCUCUGUCUGGAGUCCAACCAGAGACUGUUAGGAGGUCUGCUGGGUCAGACAGAGAACCGUCCAGAAAUGAUCCAGAGAGUCAUCAACAACCUGAAGGAGAUGAAGAGUGAUGAAAUGUCUCCAGACAGAAGCAUCAACAUCUUCCACUGUCUGAUGGAGAUGAAGGAUCUCUCAGUACAUCAGGAGAUCCAAGAGUUCCUGCAGUCAGAGAACAGAUCAGAGAAGGAACUCUCUGAGAUCCAGUGCUCCGCUCUGGCCUACAUGCUGCAGAUGUCAGAGGAGGUUCUGGAUGAGUUGGACCUGAACAAAUACAGAACAUCAUGGGAGGGAAAACGGAGACUGAUUCCAGCUGUGAGGAACUGCAGAAAGUUUCGGUGAGUCCAGAUGUGAUGA